AGCUUUUACGUUGUCGGGAUCCCGUUUCAGUCAGGAACAAUGUACAGUGUUUCAUAAUCUAAAAAAUAUUUCCCGUUUUACCGGCAUUUCCACUAUGUGUUUUUAGUAUGAUGACGAAGACCUUUGGAGUUUGAAAGAAAAGAUUCAUAGAUUGUUUAAUUCAAUUAGGAAGUUUAAACCCUUAAGGUGAAGAUUUCACUUUUAAUUUAGCGUCAUCAGCACCGUAGAUGUCUCUUUCACGCAACUUGUGCGGGACAUCUCGUCACCUCCUGCAGUCCUUCGCUCCAAAAUUAUCCGUACCUCCGAUAUGCGGGGGUCGUUUCUUCUGUAAAAAUUCUACUCCAAGGCCUUCACCUAAAACUUCGGUACAGACUUUUGGGGUUUUGUUGGACAUCGACGGAGUUCUUGUCAGGGGCCGGAACUCUAUCGCAGGGGCAAAAGAAGCCCUGGGAUUGCUUCAACAGUCGGAGGUCCCCACAGUUUUCUUGACAAAUGGUGGUCUUGAAAGGGAAAAGGAAUUGGCGGAACAUCUUUCAGAUAGGAUUGGCUUUGAGGUACGAGAAGAGCAGAUGAUUUUAUCACAUACACCCCUAAAGAUGUUUGACUGGCUACACAACAAACAUGUUUUAGUGUCUGGUCAAGGAAGAGUAAAAGAAAUUCUUCAAGAGUAUCCUUUUACAAAGCAUCUUUGGCAUGGUGCUAAAGAUCUUCUGAGCUGGAAGAUAAAUAAGGUCAAUAUAUCUGUGUUAAAAAUAAAUAAAAAAUUCUAUUAUGUAUCGAAUGCAGACCAAGGCUCCAUAAUCCCAAUUCCCCUGUAUUUGUUAGUCAAACCUCUUAUCUUCAGAAACAAAGAUGAGCUUAAUUAGCAAUGUGAGCUAUUUGGUUUGCAUGCAAACUUAGCAUAAUGAAUACCAGGGCCCAGUUGUUCGAAGGCCGAUAAAUGCUAACCUAGGGUUAAAAUUUAAUACAUGUUUCUUUAUUUCUAUGUUCAAAAAAGCCUUUUUAGGAAAAUGCUCUCUAUUCUUUUAGAUCAUCCACUCAUGAAAUUACAGACAUAGAGAUUAAACUGAGUUUUCUUCCAAAGCUUUCAGAUCUGCAAUCAAAUUUCACGCUAACCCUGGGUUAUCUUAAUCCAGCUUUGAACAACCUGGCCGAGGAUACUAGUGUAAUGGAAACUAGGAGUUGUUAACAUCAUUCAACAAAUCCAAACAAAACUAUGUAAUCAAGGAGGUGAAUUUAGUGUACUCUCAUUAACUUGCAAAAAACUAGAUAUGGAUUUACUAAGGUAUCUAAUGUUGAAGAUGUGAGAAGAGCCUAUCCAUUGCUAGACAUGGUGGACAGAGAACGGA